CUGGGAAGUAGCAACAAAAGCAAGAUUGUUGGGGUGAGUGAAGACCGUACCGUAUACGUGCAAUCUCCGUUAUUCCCUCGCACCUCGCUCCUCACAGCCCCACAAUUCUUCGAUCUCAUCCUUCAAUCGACGAAAUUUAUAAGCUAAACAAGGAAAUUGGGGAAUUGCAGGUAGAAGCAGAAACGGCUAUAUUUGAGUGUUCCACCGAAAUCCCGAACCGAAUUAAGCCACCCUUCAAUCGGGUGGGACACCCAAAUUUGUCAUUUCUGUAUCGUCGUCGUUCAUAAUCUCGAAGAGAAGUUGAAUUGGAUUGUUAAUCGAUCGAGGAACGCUAACAAAGGGGGGUGGAUUAGGUUUUUGAUUCCGGUGUGUGAUGACUCACAUUGCUGGGGACAAAAUUCUUAGGCUGGAUAGAGAUUACGUGGAAUUGGAGGAUGGCGGCGGCGAUGGCGGUGGUGGUGAAGCGAUUCCAGAGGUGGAGACGCCUCGGUGUUCUUGCGGCGGGGAUGGCGGAGGAGGAGGAGGAUUGUGGUGGUGGUCGGUGGUGAAGCUGGUCCUGGUGGCGUUGUUCUUCGCGGUAAUGGUUGUGGUUUUCUUCGAAUGGAUUGGACCUUUCAUCAUGAAUAAGGAAAUUAUCCCGACGAUAAGGUGGAUAGAAACGUUCAGCAAAACGAAGCUAGCGUUUCUAAUAUUCGGUUCGUUGGCGAUAUUCCCGACACUCCUUUUACCUUCGUCGCCGUCUAUGUGGGUGGCCGGGAUGACUUUCGGAUAUGGAUAUGGAUUCUUGUUAACCAUAGCUGGGGUAGCUAUCGGCGUCUCUGUUCCAUAUCUUAUAGGAUCACUUUUCUAUCAUAGAAUUCAAGCCUGGUUGGAUAGAUACCCCAAGAACGCUUCAGUAAUAAGGUUAGCGGGCGAGGGAGGCUUUCUCAAUCAGUCCCAAGCUGUUAUGUUGAUUAGGAUCGCGCCAUUUCCGUACAUUAUAUAUAACUAUUGUGCGGUCGCUACGGAUGUGAAGUACGGUCCUUAUUUGGCCGGGACUCUUGUCGGAGUCGUCCCGGAAAUAUUUCUCACGCUUUACACCGGAAUCCUUAUACAGACAUUAGCCAACGCAUCCGCCGAGCAGCCUUUGUCCGCGACUCAGAUUAUCUGCACAGUUGCGGGCUUUUGCCUUACGGCUGCGGCGACAUUUGUUGUGACAUUAUUUGCGAAGAAACGGCUAAGGACACUGCAUAUGGAAGACGGGCUAUUGCUCGACGGCGCGACUUGAGGAAAACGGGUGCGCACCUAUGUAAGAAAAAAAAAAAAAAAAUCUAUAUAUUUAUACAUUGUUAAAAGUCUCUUGACGCUCGAAACGGUGGCGAUCUAUAUGUUGUGCCGCUGCUCGAGGCUCAUCUUCGACCGGAAGUGUUGUAAAGCUUCCAACGCAACGCUGAGGAAGUCGGGUUGUAUUUAUAAGUAAUUACGUUAUCCCGUUCUUUCUCCGA